AUGCUGUACCGCGAAGUGGCCCGAACACAAACCUAUGGGGCUAGUUGGAAAGAAAUAACUGUCAAUACAGGUGGAUCUGACAGCACACUACAAGACAUUAAAGUUUCUAACACAUCUGGUGGAUAUGCCUAUCAAGAUAGUACCGAGCCCAACUCUGCAGCCAGCAACAGAUUCAUUUAUUGGCGAACCACAGGGGAUAUUUUGGAGCUGGUGGAGCAGUCUUUGGAUUAUAAUCUUGUUGGCUCCCAUGUACGGUACAGAUUUCAGGACACUCCCCUCUUGGGAGGCACGAGUGUUCAUGAACACCAAGGCAAAGUUAUCAUCCUUGUCACCACUGUUGCCAGUGUUCAUCGUCUUGUUUUUCCACAUCCAAAUAAAAUUCACAGACCAGAUACCACUUACUUCAGAUAUAGUGAGGAAUCCAAAGCACUUUCAGUAUUUACAGAAGCAUCUUUGACCAGUGCACAGGACAGUAAAAACUUUCACAUGGUCAAUCCUGGGGGUAGUCUUACCUCUCAGCUUCAUUGUGCAGCCACCUGUCUCAAUUCUGAGGGCCAGGCAGUCUUUGCCUUUGCCACCGGACUUGGAACUAUUCUCUUAUUUUGUAUGCCAGCACUUGAUGAAUCUGGUGAGGUAACUCGAUUUGAAUUGUGCCAGUCUUCAAUGAUGCAAAAGUUGUGGAGUGGAUGGGUUCCAAACAUUAUAAAGGGAAAUGUGGAAGCUGCAGAAAAGACAUUGGGCAUGGCAAUGGUCACUUUGGAUGAUGAAGUGUUUAUCUUCUGUGUAUGUAAGGACCACAAGUUAAGAUGGUGGUCAACCAAGACUCAUGAAUGUGUGAUGGUUUGUAAUCUGUUGGACUUCACACCUGACAGGGUUCAACCUCAACCACCCUCAGUUGGCGCCCCUGGACACACGAUCAAACAAGUCAUAAGGGAAGGCAACUGCUAUCCUCUGCUCUGUAUUCAUCUUUGCUUUUCAGAUCGGAAUCAGUUUUGCUUCUUGGAACCUAUAAACAAUGAUGGUAGAUACCAAAUACAAAAUAUAGGGUCCUUAUUUGGUCCAGCAGAAGACUUGACUGACUUCUGUGUAACAUCAGAACAUCUAUGGACACUUUGGAGUAGUACAUCAGGUGAACCUGUUGCAAGAAUGGCUUUCUUUCCAAGUGACCAACUCCCUGGUAAAGAGUGGAAAGAUGUUAUUUUGAGACCACCAGAAACUGCUGAUUUAUGGAUACCAAGCCAUCGUGAUCCUCGAGAUGUUUACAUGGAAAAAAUCUUCUACCCUGGUUGUUUCAGUGUUCAGGACAUCAUUAGAGCCCUUAAUGUUUACAGACGUUCAGUUCAUUCACGACAAGAAAAUAUCAGCAUGGGCAACCUUAAAGAAGAAGUAACUAAUGCAGUUGAAGCUGAAAUUCGUAAUGCUGCCAUGGACUAUCAGCUUCAUGAAGAGGAAUAUUGCCAGCUGCAACUGGAACAUUGGGCAAAGUUUUACUCUUGUUGUGUACAAUAUCAAGAGGUCGAUUCAAAAUGUCUUGGGUUGUUUGCUGAUAACCAGUCUGGCUUAGUUUGUUGCAUCCGAAAGAGCCAUUUGACUUACUUUUGUCCCUGUGACCUUAUAGAUGAGUUGUAUUUAACUGAUGGCAGCCCUGCUGCAGCUACUACCCUCCUUGAGUCAAUUGGUGACUCUGCUGAAGGUCAUAAUGUAACUGAUUUGCUUGCUGUAUGUCAGUGCCUUCGCCUGAUCGCAGAUCACAUCAGUGAGGAUCUUGGAAGCCAGUUAGAACACAAAGCUACUGUUUCUCAGGAUCUUGAAGAGGCAGCAGGCAGUUUAGUGGAUUCUUGUCUAGCUCUGGAUGACCUCCUGAUGGAUGACCUGAAUAUGUACCUUGAAAGCAUUCAUGAUUUGGUCAAGGUUGUUGAUGUUAUUGCUGCACAUUUGAACCUCAGCUCAUUACACAUUGAUAAUAUCAGUUUGAAUGAAUCAGCAGUAAUGGUGGCUCAGUUUGACUGGGCUCACUUGUUUGCCGGUAGUUGUGGGACGUCAGUGAUUAUUGCCCACAUGGAACAUUUUGUCAACACCCGUUUCAAUGCAUCUCGAGACCUCCUCCUCCUCCUGCUUGUUGCUGUUCGAUUUGGGGAACAGGCUCGUUACAGUGGAGGUGGUUGCUGGCUCCUGCAGACAAAGCUCAUUCCACAGGUGAUCCUUAAUUACCGAUGUUACUUGGUCCUGAAGUGGAUCAUGUCUACUGUUGCCAUGCCUAAUCCAGCCAAUGCACUGGAAUAUAAUCUUACUCAACUUGCUGCAUUAGAUAUAUCUGAAGCUGCCACCCAGACAACAAUAACUCUGCCCCAUUCCACUUCAGGUUUGCCAUCAAUGACACUGGCACAGCUGUUUUUUCAAGGCACUGGUGGAAUGCAUGUACGUACAACUUUAAUGCAAGGCAAACUACUUGAUGAAGAUCUUCCUACCAUUUGGACAAAUGCUUUAAUUCCGAUCAUUAAAAUUCUGGCCCGUUUAAUGUGGCCUGUCAACAGCAGUUUUCUCUUUUCUGAAUUUCUAAUGGGACACUGCCAAUACUUGCAUCUACAAGAAUAUGUUCGCUUAUUGGCAUCCUGGUGCACCACAAAUGAAUUGUCUCGAAAAUUCCUACUUGGGCAGUGUUAUCUCCAUUUUAAUGAGCCUUACAAAGCUGCACAGUUAUUUGUUGAAGCAACUGAAGGCCUGUCAACAGGUGAACCAUUUCUCAUUCAUAAACUCCUGCAGGUCAGGGAAGAAACUGCUAUUCCAUUGAUGGAAGUGAAUUAUUACCUCAAGGUGAUUAAUCAGUUUGAACAGUUCCAACAUCCACAUUUGGUAAUCACAUUAGCUGAGCGAGCCAUUUGUGUUGCAAAUAAAUCAGAUCCAAAUGUUGCAACUCUCUAUUUAAAAGCAUUCAAAUAUCACUUGGAAUUGGGUCAUUAUGAGGAAGCCUACAAUGCAAUGGUUACAAAUCCUGACCCAUCAAGCCGAAAAGAUUGCUUAAGGCAAUUAUUAAAUGUUUUAUGUGAUCGGAAACAGUUGCAAACUUUAAUACAGUUUCCUUACAUUGAUCUUCAAGAAGAGAUGGUAUCCAUCCUAGAGAACCGAGCCAGAUCUGCAGACCUUUCAGCACACAACUAUUAUGACCUUUUGUAUUCCAUACAUGUAUCAAGAAAUAAUUUCCGAAGAGCGGGUAAUGUGAUGUAUGAACAUGGUUUGCGCCUUGGUCAAGAGUUACCAGGAAUUCGAGGUCUCCAGCGACAAGUGCAGUGUUACCUUGCUGCCAUGCAUGCUCUACGUUUGGUGAAGCCUGAGUAUGCCUGGGUGGUCAAGCCCAUUCCCAGGCCACACCAUAUGAUUCGAGGUGAAGCAAGUGCAACGUCACCCAAACAUUAUUUGGAUGGAGAAGAAAAGUUGGAUUCAGUUGUUCCUAAACGCUGCUUGGAAAUUGUUGAAUUGGCUGAUUUGGAGAAAGAAUACCUGUUGGUAGAUGCUCGUUUACGUCUUAUCAAGAAAGAUGCUGACCUUCUCAUGGCUUCAGGACCUGUCAUGCGACCAGAUGAAAUGGUUGGUAUGCUGGUCAGUGCUGGUAUGUUUGACCGAGCCAUAAUAAUCUGCAAAGCUUUUAAUCUCAAGUUGAACACAGUCUUUGAAAAUCUUGCACUGAGGUGUGUUACUUUGGCACAGUAUAACAUGGAGGACAUGAAUGCAGAGAAUAGAAUUGAAGCUGCCUGGGAUUGGCUGGAAGAAAAUGAACUUCCUCGAUUUCCUGUUGCUAAAGAAUACAGUGCUUCUGACCAGGCUUGGUUAUUACUGAAGACAUACCUAGACAAAUAUGAAGAGCCAAAUGGAUGCUAUCAUAGGGUGACUGGAAUCAAACUACUCUCUCAUGAUUUCCCCUUACCGACCUGGUUUGUGAACCCCUACAAGGCCUUGGAUUUUGCAGAAUUAUUGCGUUUGUAUAUAGGUUUUGACAAACUUGGAGAAGCUGUAAGUCUUGCACUUGAAUAUAUCGAGGCAGUUGUGGGUGUAUUGCAAGGGCAAGGUAAUCAACUUUACAACCUCAAGGGUCAACUGAAGCAUGAUCCUCUUACAAUAUGGAUGCCUAUAACAAGUUUAGAUCAAAUGAGGAAAGCCUUAACAGAACACAAAGAUAAUGGUAAAUAUAAAGAGCUUUACAAUCAGUUAGACAAUAGCAUCAAGAAUUAUCAAUGGAAAGUGGAAGAAUUAUCUCAAAUGGGCAAUAACAGUUUACGAAUGAAUGAAUGA